AUGGCAUCCCACGCUGAUGAUGCAUCUGAAGAUGAACGAAGCUUUGAAAGCGAUAAUAGAUGGAGUUUGAAGCCUCUGCUUCGUCAAGCUGAGCGCUCCCACAAGCGGAUGCCAGGGCUUCGGAAGAUUCCAUUUCGAGCCAUUGCGAUAAUUGCUUUUAUAGCAUUCAUCAACAUUAUUGUAUGGGUUGCAGCAGCCAUCGUACUGCACUAUCAUCCAUCGUUGGUCUCUACUGCUGCACUCGCAUAUUCCCUUGGAUUAAGACAUGCCUUUGAUGCAGAUCAUAUAUCUGCCAUUGAUUUAAUGACACGACGACUUUUGGCAACAGGGCAAAAGCCUGUCACUGUGGGAACAUUUUUCUCUCUUGGUCAUUCCACAAUUGUAAUAAUCACAUCUAUUGUCGUUGCAGCUACUGCAGCUGCUGUAUCUUCCCGCUUUGAUAGCUUUAGUACUAUUGGUGGAAUCAUUGGCAGUUCCGUCAGUGCGGCAUUUUUAAUUCUUCUCGGAUUAAUGAAUGCCUACAUUUUGUACAAGUUGAUUCGUCAGAUGCAGAAAGUAUUCAAUCUGCCAGAAGGACAAGAAGAUGAAGCUUGGAAGAUUGAAGGUGGAGGACCAUUAUUUAAUAUCUUGAAGAAGAUGUUCAAGCUCAUUGAUCGGCCAUGGAAAAUGUAUCCUCUUGGCAUUCUGUUUGGCCUGGGCUUUGACACGUCAUCUGAAAUUGCAUUACUCGGAAUCUCCUCCAUCGAGGCCGCAAAGGGAACCUCCUUCUGGGUUAUUCUGAUUCUGCCUGCAUUAUUCACUGCCGGAAUGUGUCUCUUAGAUACCAUCGACGGAGCCCUCAUGUACUCGCUAUACAUCCAACCCGCAGCCAACUUUCUUCCAUCCAAGCCAGACAGUGUUAUUUCUGAGACAGGAUCAGAUACCAUGGGCGAUGAACUUCCUCAGUCGACAGACAACCACCGGGACCCUGUGGCGUUCUUGUACUACUCGAUCGUUCUCACCGUCUUAACUGUCAUCGUUGCCAUUGUGAUCGGUGUAAUCCAGCUUCUUACCAUGAUAUUGAGCAUCACUGACGCCAAGGGUAAGUUCUGGGACGGUGUACAAGUAGCUGGUGAUUAUUAUGAUGCUAUCGGUGGUGGAAUCUGUGGCUGCUUUAUCAUAUUCGGAGGUCUGAGCGUUAUCUUAUACAAGCCAUGGCGCCGUUGGAUGAAUCGACGCCACGGACGUCCUGACUAUAAUGACGAAGAGUUCUUGGGGGAUGAUACUUCUGAGCCCAGAACAGAAGGUCCCGGUGUUUUAUGUGAACCAGUGGAGGGUGGCGUGCAUGAGGGUGAGGGUCAAAAGACCACUACCGUUGGAAAAGGAACCUCGUCUCGUGUGACAGCGACCGAGGAACGUCUGAUUGAGGACGAAAUCGUAUAA